AUGGAUCAUCGCUGUAGCUGUGAGAACGACGCUCAGUUCGCCAACGGGCCAAGCCAGACACUGACAUCAGCAGCCAAGCAAUAUUCCCAAUACCUGCAGACGCCACCGCGCACAUCGUUUGCCGGCCGAGGAGCCGAGCUAGGCCGCUCGACAGAUCAGGAAUCUCUGGAAAGCGCCUCACGCGUUCACAGCAGCUGCGGCGUAUCUCAAGCGCGGAUCGGCACCGUGUGCCCAGCGGAGGGCCCGGGCGCCUGGCCGGCCCCCUUCGGCGACAUGUCGGCUCAUCGGAUAGGGGAGUCACUUGGCUUUCAUGAUCUGGAAUCAGCAGCGCUGGGCGCGGGAGGCCUUGACCGUCAGCCGUUGACCGGGUGACACACCUCUGUUGCACACAGAACCGCCAUGAAACUUCCAGUGCUGCUCACCAGUCUCAGAGAAAUCCUUUAUCUUCCUCAAAGCCAUUGGCAGCUCAAAGCCAUUGGCAGUGAAACAGAAGACCUGGGCAAUUGUACAGCUAUGUUUGAAACAGUUCCAACAAUCACAGGCAAAUGGAUGACUUGC